AUGAUGCUCGCAGCCUUCAAGAAAGCUUGCGUCUACUUUUCGCAAGAGCUUGCCGAGUCUUGCGACCCUGAUGUAAACAUGAUUGACGACCUUGGAGACUACCUCGCGGAUAAAGUGAUCUCUUUCCUUGAUUUUCGUCAGCAAUUCACCACUCAAAUAUUUCCUACUUCCGUGGAUGAUUUUAUACGAACAGUCUCUCCGGCAUUCGAUCACAAAUACCUAAUGGGAUUUGAGGCCCGCUGUUAUCAUUUUGAUCAUAUCGUCGGCAGCCUGGCCCCUCCUAGCUCCACAUCGUCGUCGACCCCACGCCAUGAUCCAGCCCCAAACCUCUCAGAUACCUUCAUAUGUUGCUUGGAUUUCGAGUCGUGGGUUGCUGACAUUUGCCAGGCCAUUGCUCUCUACUGCUUUGAGACUAUUACUCCAGGUAGAAAGCAUACUCAUAGGGCAAUACCUCAGUACGAUGGGCCAUCAGACAUGGAGCCUCUGCCCCAAGCUGGUGUUGUUGAUGAUGGUGGGCCUUUUAAGCAGGUGACACUAGUAGGCCCAAAUCUCUCUGAAGCCUGGAAUCGGCUAUCGUUCACUCGAGACCUGGAGAACAUGUCUCAUCAAUCCUCGACCUGGACUCCAUCUCAGCCGGGAGGCCUCUAUGUCUACCAUGGGACUGCAGAGCAUAUUUCGACUCCAGGUUUCAUAUUAUCUCUCGCCCAUCGCCCAUUUGAUGGUUUGAGAGGCAAGGGCCAGCGGAACCAGAUUGCUCCAGCACUCGGUCGAGGAGUCGGCAACAUUCCUGUGGUCUGGACAGCGUUUAGUCCUCUCCAAGCCUUUCUUUGGGCAGUUUUCAGAGGCCAGGUUGUUGGCCAUAUCCCGGCCCGGAUGAUGCAAUUCAACUCAAACAAGCCAUGGCAUUAUGGAAACAAAACUUAUGAAGGCGUCCUUGUUCUCCAAUUUUCCCCGUCCCAACCAAGCCCACCUGGUUGUAGUUCAUACACCAUUCCUACUGGCAAAGAGGAUCAGUGGACAGAUAUUGCAAUGAGUUCUAAUAAUGUUGUGGCGACUAUUGAAUCGACCAAGAUUCUCUGGGCACGGUUUACAACUAUUCACAAACAGGCCAAAGGAUCGGAGUGGCCAGGCUUAGUCCAUGGAUUUGAGCUACGAGCUUCUAGACAAAGCCUUCAACACUUCACGAAGCAACUAUGGCGCACUGUCUGGUCUGGCCAAGGAAUUCAGUCUUUGAAUUCUUGCCAUACACAAUCUCUAGCUAUUCGCUAUAUCCUUCAGCCAGACUCUCCCCCACCGCCUCUAAAUGAUCGAGAAUCAUCACGAAAAGCAAAGAUCCUCACCCUGGCAAGAUGGAUAGGCUCUUGUCGUAGGGUUUUGAUGAACACUAUUACAUGGCUGGUGAAAGCUUUUACAGGAUAGCUAUAAUAAUAACAGAUGUCAUUUCAUAGGC